AUGACGGCCGUUGGCGGGAGGGUCGACCUGUUUUUCCGUGCCCUCUGGGGGAACUAAUGCCAUGUACCGUGACGCAGCGCCAGCUGUUCCCGUUAAAGCUGCGCCCCGGACAGUCCCAACACCACCGCCCCCCGCCCUGUCCUGCCCUGUCCACCUAAAUACCCGCUGACCUGGUUCAUACUAAGCCUGGCUGUCUGUCUGUCCGCACAAUGUCCAAGCCUCCAUCUUAAACUAUUUUGUUGAACAGAAUUGGAAACAACAGAUACUAGCUCAAACCGUCUCUCUCCUCAAGGUCAGUUAAACAUGAUGUGUGAAAAAUUUUAAUAUCGGUCCCAUGACUUGAAUGGGAUUUGUGCCACAAAUACUCAGAUGUUAGCAUGUGGAAACAGUGCCAGGGAAACUAAACCCAAGCAUGGAUUGCGUGUCAUCAUACCUUGUCUAUAGACUGCUUACAGGGUAAGGAAACCAGUAUGUACUUUUAUAUUUGGGUGAACUAUCCCUUUAAGACCACAUGAGCAGACCAGGAAAAAAACUAGAAGCUAGGGUCACAGUCUGGUCUUAGUUGAGUGGUGAGAGAAUAGUUGACAUGGGAGCAUAGCCUGACUGAUGUUCCAGAGGGUUCUGUCCAGGUUUGAGCUAUCACCUAGCCGUGGCUCUGGUCCUCUGUCGAGUAGGAAGGAUGAGAAGAUUCUCUCCAGAUCUGGGCUGCUGUGGCUUGUCCCUCUGUCUGGGUUUCUGUUAGGGUAGGAGCCCUGUUAGGGUAGGAGCCCUGUUAGGGUAGGAGCCCUGUUAGGGUAGGGGCUCUGUUAGGGUAGGAGCUCUGUCUCUCUGUUAGGGUAGGAGCCCUGUCUCUCUGUUAGGGUAGGAGCUCUGUCUCUCUGUUAGGGUAGGAGCUCUGUCUCUCUGUUAGGGUAGGAGCUCUGUCUCUCUGUUAGGGUAGGAGCCCUGUCUCUCUGUUAGGGUAGGAUCCCUGUCUCUCUGUUAGGGUAGGAGCCCUGUCUCUCUGUUAGCAGGGGAAGAAUCUGCAGCUCAGGUUCCUCGACUGUGUAUUAUUGGCCAGGCAAGGAUGUCAAGUUAUACACACAUGCACGCAGACACAUACACUGCUCUGUAUGGUUCAGUGUGUGUGGUUAGUCAAAAACUGUACUCUCGAGUCCAACUGCAUACUAGGAGGAAGAGGGAAACACUCCCAUUUUUAAAACCCUCCAAAGCCCUUCAAUCACUAAAGUGAAGGGUACGGUAGUAGAUGAUGUUGUCAUCCUGGUCCUGUGGUAGUACUAGUAGGCCAGAAGGGUAUCCUACACAAAGCAAGCUAGUUCUACUCAGGGUUUUCUAAAGCUAGCCAGCUUCAGUUAGCUUCACAUUCCAGCUAAGGCUUCAUCCAUACUACAUUUACAUUUACAUUUACAUUUUAGUCAUUUAGCAGACGCUCUUAUCCAGAGCGACUUACAGUUAGUGAAUACAUAUAUAUAUAUUUUUUUAUACUGGCCCCCCGUGGGAAUCGAACCCACAACCCUGGCGUUGCAAACGCCAUGCUCUAUCAACUGAGCUACAUCCCUGCCGGCCAUUCCCUCCCCUACCCUGGACGACGCUGGGCCAAUUGUGCGCCGCCCAUGAGUCUCCCGGUCGCGGCCGGCUGCGACAGAGCCUGGAUUCGAACCAGGAUCUCUAGUGGCACAGUCAGCACUGCGAUGCAGUGCCUUAGACCACUGCGCCACUCAGGAGAGUGGAUAAUGCUUGUCCGCCUGCCGACGGUGGAUAAUGCUUGUCCGCCUGCCGCUAACUCUAGCAGGCUUGGAACUGCGCGUGCAUGUCGCACAUGGCUAGUCAAACGCCAAACUCUUCAUUGAGACAAUGCUGAAACAUCAAUCCAUUGGCGAGUUAGUGCCACAUUUUCAUUUGUGCCGAAAUAAGAAAAGUUAUCUUGCAAAUUCAGCAGGCUAUGGUGUGAAAUAGGCUUUUAGAAGUGCUGUCUUUAUUUAAUUACUUAUCGUUAAUGCCAUCUUUGUUGUGCUUUGGUGUGCUUAUCAAAACACAAGCACCUUUUUUCCCCACUCCUAUCGAUAUUUUUUUAGUUAUUAAGUCAUACAAAAGUGUUACAUUGUGUGAAGUUUAAAAUGCAUUCUGUCAUUACUAAAUGUGUAAUGUGAUAUAUUUUAACAUUGAUAUUUUUGUACACAAAAAAAACCAUUUGAUUAAUAAAAUAUUUAAUCAGUUGUUUUCCUCAAAUGAAGGGGAUGAUAACGCAAUCAGGGAGGGAUUCUGAUUUCAUUUGUCCUCAACUCGCAGCUUUAGUCAUUUCAUUCAGGGGUAAGUGGACUUAGCCUGCCCCGGAGCAGGUUAGUUCUGAAGGAUUCGUUGCCAUAGAAAUGUACCUGGCUAAAAGGUGAGCCACUUUCUUUUUUGUUGUUGUAAGAUAAAAAAAUAUUUUUAAAAGUUAACAAUACAAAACAUACACAUACAAGCGACAUCUCACAAACAUCCACAACUUCACCCCUGCCCAGACCCACCUGCUCACACCCCCAUCUCCAGCUCCUGUGUUACUCUCCGCCACAUGGCCUCAAACUGCACCAUUUUGUUUUUCUCCGUCGACCAUGCACUUUCAACAUUUAGAUAAUAAAGCAUUUGACCUUUCCAUUGUGUUAACGAUGGAGGAUUGAUUGAUUUUCCAUUUUUAAAUAUGCAUUUUUUCAAGAUGAUUGACGAGAAAAGUAUCGUCCAACCAAUCGGGUAUCUCACUGCACCCUCAAGUCUUGAAAUAUGCAGACAGACAAGUUAAAGGUAAAUUUACAUUGUAAUACUUCUGACAGCCAACUUUCUAUAUCCGGCCAUAACUUUUGGACUUUAUAACAUUCCCAGAAGGGAAUGAAGGGCCACUUUCGUAUGAACUUAUUGGUAAAUUGCACACAAGGUCCAACCAAAAUCUUACUGCCGCUUUUAUCCCAACCACACACAAAGGUUUUGGAGAGGUGCUGGGGACUGCUACACUGUUGUGAGGAGUUAAGUGCCUUGCUCAAGGGCAUAUAUAAUUUGAUACCAGCAACCCUCCGGUUGCCAGCUCACUUCAAGCUCACAGAUUUUUCCUGCCAGACCCAGGAUUCGAACUUGGAACCCUCUGGUUGCCAGCCCGCCUCUCUAACCGCUAAGCUACCUGCCACAGGGAUAUUAGUGAUGGCUUUCAUGGCUACCUCAAUAGCUACUUAUUAUUUAUGCCCCACAUUCUUCUCAGUUGGAUCCCACGUCCACAUAAGCCUCUAUUCCUUUUUUAAUUAUGUCAGUUCAUGUGAUAUACCUGCCUAUAAUGUUUGUUUAGUCGCUUCUAAACAUAACCUGCAGAAAGUAUAAGUAGACUUGUCUGCCUGUCUCAUACUCUGCUCUUCUCUGUGUUUUUACCCAGGAUCCUUCAGUGCACAAGGUGGCCGGUGGGCGCAAGAAGACCGUGUCCUUCAGUAGCAUCCCCUCAGAGAAGAAGGUUUGUUUUUAGUUUCUCUUUUUAAAAAAUAAAGCACUUUUAGAUCUCUGUCUGUAAAUGAAAAUUGAAUGGGUAACACUUUAUGUGAAGGGUACCUACAUAAGGAUUUCAUAACACUUUCAUAACUCAUACAUAACACAUUCAUAAGCAGUAUAUAAGCAUUUCAUAAAUGUCUUCCUCUUCCACCUCCUCCAGGUGAGCAGCGCGGCCGACUGCCUUGCCUUCAUGCAGGGUGGCUGUGAGCUGAAGAAGGUGCGUCCCAACUCCCGGGUCUACUGUCGUUUCUACACCCUGGACCAGGACCUCAGCUGCCUGCGCUGGGAGCCCUCUAAGAAGGAUCUGGAGCGUGCCCGCCUGGACAUGGCCACUAUCAGGGAGGUUAGGACAGGGAAGAGCACUGAGACCUUUCUCCAUAACGGACCUGCUGCAGAACACCUGGCUGAGGAGGCUUCCUUCUCUAUCAUCCACGGGGAUGACUAUCAGGUAGGAGGUACCAGUUCAGUUUAGGCUGCCUUGCCAACUCUUUUUGGAAUUGUCAUGCCAAGGAUUUGGUAAUGUAGCACAAACAGACUGGCACUCAGGCAAAGGCAGAUACAUUGCAUUCGGAAAGUAUUCAGACCCCUUCACUUUUUCCUCAUGUUGUUACUUUAUAGUCUUAUUCUAAAAUUGAUGAAAUAAUGUUUUUCACUCAUCAAUCUACACACAAUACCCCAUAAUAACAAAACGAAAACAGGUUUUUAGAAAUGUUUGCAAAUGUAUUAAAAAUUAAAAACAGAAAUGUAUUUAUUUACAUAAGUAUUCAAAUCCUUUGCUAUGAGACUCGAAAUUGAGCUCCGGUGCAUCCUGUUUCCAUUGAUCAUCCUUGAGAUGUUUCUGCAACUUGACUGGAGUCCACCUGUGGUAAAUUCAAUUGAUUGGACAUUAUUUGGAAAGGCACACACCUGUCUAUAUAAGGUCCCACAGUUGACAGUGCAUGUCAGAGUAAAAACCAAGCAAUGAGGUCAAAGGAAUUGUCCGUAGAGCUCCAAGACAGGAUUGUGUCGAGGCACAGAUCUGGGGAAGGGUACCAAAAUAUUUCUGCAGCAUUGAAUGGCCCCAAGAACACCGUGGCCAGCACCUAAAGAUUCUCUGGAUCGAUUGAACUCUUUGGCCUGAAUGCCAAGCGUCACGUCUGGAGGAAACCUGGCACCAUCCCUACGGUGAAGCAUGGUGGUGGCAGCAUCAUGCUGUGGGGAUGUUUUUCAGCAGCAGGGACUGGGAGACUAGUCAGGUUUGAGGGAAAGCUGAACAGAGCAAAGUACAGAGAGAUCAUUGAUGAAAACCUGCUCCAGAGCUCUCAGGACCUCAGACUGGGGCGAAGGUUCACCUUCCAACAGGACAACGACCCUAAGCACACAGCCAAGACAACGCAGGAGUGGCUUCGGGACAAGUCUCUGAAUGUCCUUGAGUGGCCCAGCCUGACAGAGCUUGAGAGGAUCUGCAGAGAAGAAUGGGAGAAACUCCCCAAAAACAGGUGUGCCAAGCUUGCAGCGUCAUAACCAAGAAGACUCAAGGCUGUAAUCACUGCCAAAGGUGCUUCAACAAAGUACUGAGUAAAGGGUCUGAAUACUUAUGUGACUGUGAUAUUUCCGUUUUGUAUUUUUAAUACAUUUGCUAACAUUUCUAAAAACCUGUUUUUGCUUUGUCAUUAUGGGGUAUUGUGUGUAGAUUGAUGAGGGAAAAAAACAAUUUUAUCAAUUUUAGAAUAGGGCUGUAAUGUAACAAAAUGUGGAAAAAGUGAAGGGGUCUGAAUACUUUCCAAAUGCACUGUACCAUUACUUUAUUUUAUUUUACUUGUUUUACUGGGGGAAAAAAUGUGUUUGAUUUAAUGUGAUUUGUAUUUCCUAGUCUCUGGACCUGGUGGCUCUCUCACCUGACGUGGCCAACAUCUGGGUAACGGGGCUGCGUUACCUGGUGUCCCACCCCUCUGUCAUCGGGCAUGGAGGGGGGGGAGGAGGUCUGGGAGAGGGGAGCAUCAUAGGGGAGGGUAGCCUCGGCAGUAGGAUGAGGAGGGAUUGGCUGACUGCGGAGUUUGCCGAGGUGGAUGAGGAUGGAUACGGGGUCGUCUCAGAGGAUAUGGCCGUGGCAACCAUCUGCAAGUUGUGUCCUGGGAUCAAGGAAGCUAAGGUGCGUGUGUGUGGUGCGUGUGUGUGAGGGGACGGGACUACAGUUAAACUAGAGGGAGAGAAAUGAUUGUCUUCAUAGCUGUCUUGCCAUCUGUAAGGUCUGUCCCAGCAUCAAGGAAACUAAAGUAAGAGGACGGGACUGGGGUAGAGUUAGAAGAAAGAGUAAUGCUGUAUACAUGUUGUUAAUGGUAGACUGGAGUAAAACCAGACGGAGUAGAAAAGGUUUAGAGAUGAUUAGAGUUGAGGUCAAUUCCGUUAUCAAUUCAAUCAAUUAUGGCCCGGUGUCUUCUAUUAAAUUGUCCCUGAUAGUGAUGAUAGCAAACAGUUACUAAAACAGCUUGAAUUAGAAAAAAGAUUGUCUUCAUAGCUGGAUAUCUAAUGUAAAAAUGGAACAUGCUUUAGGUGGAUAUCCAACCUAGUUAUGUAAGCUUUACUUCUACUUAGUACCAUGGUGGGUGUACAGAUUGAGUCUGCAGCGGUGUAGUCACACCUGUGGUUCCUGGUUCCUACUCAUCCUUAAUCCUUCUCUCUUCCUCUGUCUCAUCCCUUCUUCCCCUUUCCUGCUCCUCCCCUCCAACUCAACCCCUCACCUCCUCCCCCCUCCAGGUGCGUCUGAGGUUCAAGGAGAUCCAGCGCAGCAAGGAGAAGCUGACGUCUCACGUGACGCGCGAGGAGUUCCAGGAGGCCUUCUGUGAGCUCUGCACGCGCCCAGACGUCUACUUUCUAUUGGUCCAACUCUCCAAGGACCGCGAGUGUCUGGAUGCCCAGGACCUUCGUCUCUUCCUGGAGACGGAGCAGGGCCUGUCUCUGGCCACGGCCGAGGGCUGUCUGGAACUGGUCCAACGCUUCGAGCCCUCCGGCCCUGGGAAAGAGAGAGGUCUACUGGCUCUGGAUGGGUUUGCCCGCUACCUGCAGUCCCCAGAGUGCCAGCUGUUUGACGUGGAGCACCAGGGAGUGUGUCAGGACAUGAGCCUGCCCCUGUCCCACUACUACAUCAGUACCUCCUAUCGGUCCUAUCUCCUGGAUGACCAGGUCCAUGGGAGGGCUGAUCUAGGGGGCCUGACCAAGGCUCUACAGGCCGGGUGUCGGUGCCUGGAGCUGGGGGUGACAGACGGCCCAGAGGGGGAGCCCCUCCUGGGGGUGGACUAUGGUCCUGAUGCCCACCGCCACCACCAUCAUCACCACACCCCUGUCACCAUCCGCAGUGCUCUGGAAGUGGUCAAUAAGUACGCCUUCCUGACCUCACCCUACCCGCUGCUGGUCUACCUGUGCCAGCGCUGCUCUCCCUCACAGCAGCGUAUCCUGGCCCAGCACCUGAGGAAGGUGUUCUCUACACGUCUCUACACCCCUGAGGCCCUGCUGGUCAGCCAGGGGGGGCGAGCCACCAGCCUACCCUCCCCAGAGCAGCUGAAGGGCCGGGUGCUGCUGGUGGGGAAGAAGCUACCGCCCGAAGAGGAGGGGUCUGAGGGAGAGGUGUCAGAGGAGGACGAGGAGAUAGGGGGAGGCGGGCCCUUGGCUGGUCGGAGAAUGACCAUACCCGGGGAGGAGGAACUGGGCGUGGUUUUAGUGGUGCCCCCUCCCCCUCAGCCCAGGAGACUCCGCCUCCGACGUGAGCUAUCAGAUCUAGUGGGCGUGGCUAGAACUGGGAGCCGUAGCUUCUACAACCACCGAGAAACAAGGAAACAAGGACAGCAGCACUCCCCGCCCAGCACCCCCUCCACCCCGGGAACGCCCUUACCCCCCGAGUCGCCCUAUUGGACGCUGUGCUCCCUGGGGGAGGGAGAAGCAGGACGGCUGGCCAGUGAGAGCCCAGAGGAAUUAGUAGGCUUCACCAAGCGCACCCUGAGCCGUGUCCGGCCAAGCUCCGUCCGCCUGGACUCCUCCAACCCCAACCCCCAGGGCUACUGGAAGGGUGGGGUCCAGCUAGUGGCCCUCAACCAGCAGACCCCCGGGGCCAUGCUGGACCUCCACAGAGGCCGGUUCACCCAGAACGGGGGCUGUGGGUUCGUGCUGCGGCCGGGGGUCAUGAGAGAUGAGGUGUCCUACUUCAGUGCUGUGACCCAGGGCUGUGUGCCCGGCGUUCCCCCUCAGAUCCUUAGGGUGAAGGUGAUCAGCGCUCACAACCUGCCCAAGCCGCAGGGCGCCGGGGCUAAAGGAGAGGUUAUAGAUCCCUACGUGGUUCUGGAGAUGCAUGGAGUACCGGCGGACUGCAUUGAGCAACGGACCCGGACCGCUGCACAAAACCAGGAUGACCCACUGUUUGAUGAGACCUUUGAGUUUCAGGUGAGAGAUCGGUAA